CUGCAACCUGGUACCUUGGGCGCUUGCCUAAUUUUCCUAAGAAAUAAUACGGUUCUGUAUUACAUAAAUAUCUUGAAUUUUAUUAAUUGUAAAACUAACUAAUCUACUUAAUUUUACAGUCAUGGUCAUAAGAUUUAUCUACAAAGACUACGAUUACCUCUGAUGGCGAACAGAUUUAAGAAAAAAAAAUUAAAUCCAAAUAAUAACAACUAUGCUUAUGUCUACGUGGACUUAGAAAAGCUUGAGAGGGUUUUAAACAGUUAUAGAAGGCAACGUGAAGCGUCAAAUGAGAACAGUAUUCUUGCCCUGAAGGAUAUUCCAUAUGAUGAUCCUGCCAUCAGCUCUGAUGAUGAUGACCGGACCCCUACGAAAAAUAGCACGAAACCGGGAUCUAAACAAAACUGGUUCUCAAACUCUGUGAACACAUACGACCAUAUAAAGGUGAACCCAGACGCUCCAGAUUUUAAAGAUUUCAUGCCUCAACAAGUUGAAAACGGCAGCCAAUGGUGGUUUUAUAACCAAGCUGAUCACACUAUACUGAAAGACGAAAGGAAACAUCUAUCACCAUGAAUAAAGAAUUUUAUUUUUAUA